CUACAUACAUGCGAAUGCCUACCUACCUACCAACCGGGGUAGAUCGCCGACCAAUCCCGUCGCUGGAACGCCCACCUCGGCGCGGCCAUUCACCUUAAGAGCCUCUUCGUCGACGCUCGGGAUGGGUGACAUGCCUGUCGAGGACGCCCACGGCCUAUGCCCUCCUCCCCCUCGAUAUUCUGGCCCUCGCCCGCUGGGGAAGUGAUGUGCGCGCUCGUAUGAGCGCCUGCACUAUACAGGUAAAGACUCGUAGCAGGACCUCCUUUAAUUUGACGCGUCCCGGCCUUUCUAUUCUAAGCACCUGUUGAUCCAACGAUCAACAUGGCGACGCCGCGGCCCGCUACCGUCAGGCAUGCAAACCCCAUGGCCGUGCGCAGCGACAGUGGAUGGCGUGCGUCAGGCACCGGAGACCCGUCGGGCAACACGCCUGCACCUUGCAGCGCGACGCCGUCGCUCUCGGCGUCCGAAGAUAUCCUCUCCUCGUACCGCCGUACGUCCCAGCUGCUCUCGGUGGGAGGGAUUCGGUAGAAUACAGGCUAAGCCAGGACCAGGCAGACACACUAAGCCCGAGCCUCGGGGAGGAGGGGAGAGGGGAAUGCUGGACCGAAUAUCACAUCUCAGAAAGCACGCGCGACGGGGCGUGCGCGUCGAAGCUAUUCUACGAGGACGAUCGAGAUGCCUCCGUCGAACCGUGGCCCUUUUCGGACUAGGCAUAUGGGAUGUUACGCUGCUUAGCCUCGAGAGAUUGGGCAGCGCCCUUCGGCUUUUGUCCCAGGGUGUUCACUCCAACACGAGUCAAAAUCCUCCACACCUCGACCUUCACCUUGACCGCAGGGUUGCCGGACUCUUCGACCUGCCUACAUACAUACAUACGGUACAUACGACCCUUUCCCCCUACUACCCUUCCCCCCCCCCCUCCCCUUGCUGGUGCUGCUGCUGGACGAUACGAUGCCACAAACAUUAGAUUGCAUAAGCGCGGAUUGCCUGAACGGGCACAGUUUCGCAUUUUAUAACCAUGAUGCCACUUUGAUCUAGCGGGCUCGAAGAUUCAUGUGUGCGCGUAUGCGUGUGUGCGUGUGCGUGUGCGUGUUCGUGUGGUGUGUGUGUGUGGGCAUCAUCCCUGG